AUUUAAGAGCACUUAUGUAUUUCAUAUCUCCCUUUGGUUCCGAUUUUUGGAUCCACUUCGCUUUCUUCUCGAAGCUAUAGGUGUCGUGCUUAGUAUACUUUAAUUCUAUAUUAAGUCUGAUUAACUAAGUUGCUUUUCGAGGCUAUCGUGCCAUUUUGGAGUUGUGGUAUCCAAACCGCCAGAACGGAUUCCUCGAGCUGUAAGGGGCGUUCUUUGCCUUUCCUUUCCUCCUUCCCCAGAUCUCAACCCCUGGUCCAAUGCCUCUCCUCCUUCCUAUCUGGGUAUUCACCACCGCAUUGGCAUUGUUAUGGGCAGACAGCGGACUCUCAUCGCCACUCAACAACCCUCAGUUUCACUACCAGAUGUCUCCAGAAGAAUUACAAAGGAUAUUCCAAGUUAAUUCCCCCGAUCAAGUGCCAGAAUACCAAGUAGUGCAUCUAAGAAGCAUAUCAAAAAGGGAAGCCUCAUCGGAUGACGUUAAACAAAUCCACAUGGCAGCUUUUGGGAAGAAGUUGCAACUCAACUUGCGCAAAAACGCUGAUUUCGAACACCGAAUUCGCAGAAUGAAAGUCCUUAUGGCUGAAACAACAGGUCAAGGCCAACUCAAGUACCACGAGCCUCAGGAUAAAGCCACGGACUAUGGUACAACCUAUCACGACGAAAAACACAUGGCAGCCAUACUCAUGCGAGACGGAGACAAUGGACAGUUGGAAAUGGAGGGCACAAUAGGAAAUGAUCUAGUAAUUCACCCUCUUCCUCUAAAACUAUCAAUGCCAGAAGAGGAAUUCGUUGAUGAUGAGGUUUUUCUUGAUGAAGAUGAAGCUGAGGAAUUGAAAAGAAUGAAUUCGUCUCGGUACCAUAAAGCAAACUCAUCAUACUCGAAACAGCAAAAAGGAAAGCACAUAGUCUACAAAAAAAAGUUUCCUCCAUUACUUAAGGACAGUCACUCUGAUUACCUUUCAAUGGAUGCUGGCGUUUUCAACAAUGUAACUCAUCGAAGAUCCAAGCGACAGGCCCCAGAUACGGUUUGGCCUGAAGUACUGCUGGUUGUGGAUUAUGAAUCGUACAUUCUUCAUGGGGCUAACAGCAGAGAUGUAAAGCGAUAUUUCAUUAGUUUUUUCAACGGG